ACGUGGUAGCGCCUCUGGAUCGGUGAAAGGCCCCUGUAGGGUUUGUAUUUUAGAUUAAAAAUUUUCAGGCUAUGAAACGGACAAAAGUGUUUCCCGUAGUCUUUUAUACACGGCUCUCUUUUCCUCGUGGAUCCGGUUCACUCUGAAAGCAAACCCUCCAAAAACGACUCGUAUGAAUGUAUUUGAGCCCGUUUGAAUAUUCGUACACGUGUGCCGCUUAGAAGGAAGGGAAAAAUAAUCCAGGAUGGUCGAAGCGAGGGGACUUUGCGACGGUGCGACUUACAGAUACUGGAACGUGGAAUGCGUCGGCCCGUAUUACGUCCAGUACUUGGCCUUAUUGCACGACGACAGCGACGGCCUCUCGGACGAUUCGUCCAACGCGAGUGAGCAGUCGGAAGAGGCGUUCGUCGUCGACCCAGACGACGACGCCUACCUGCGGAGCCUCGACCCCAAAGAGUGGAAAAAGCAGGACCACUACGAAGUCCUCGGUUUGAAGUCCCUCCGGUUCAAAGCUUCCCCGAACGUCAUCAAGUCGGCCUACAGGCAGAAAGUCCUCAAGCACCACCCGGACAAAAGAAAGGCCAAAGGUGAGGUGGUCAAAAGGGACGAGGACUAUUUCACGUGUAUAACGAAAGCCUGGGAAAUCCUUGGCGACAAGACGAAAAGGAGGGCGUACGAUUCUGUCGAUCCUUAUUUUGACGACGCCCUCCCUUCUAAUUCCGAAAUAGCCAAAAAAGAUUUUUACAAAUUAUUCAAAGCUUAUUUCGACAGGAAUUCCCGCUGGUCGGAAAAGACUCCCGUGCCGGAGCUAGGCGAUGCGGACGCUUCGAGGGAGGCGGUGAAUAGGUUUUACUCGUUUUGGUACGAUUUCGACUCAUGGCGAGAAUACUCUUACGAAGACGAAGAAGCCAAGGAGAGCGGGCAGGACAGAGAGGAAAGGAGGUGGAUCGAAAAACAGAACAAAGCGGUAAGGAGUAAAAAGAAAAAAGAGGAACUUGCGAGGAUCCGGAACCUCGUCGACUUGGCCUACAAUGCUGAUCCUAGGAUUGUCAAGUUCAAAAAUGAAGACAAGUUGAAGAAAGAAGCUGCCAAAAAGGCCAAACAGGAUGCCGCGAGGGCCAGGGUCGAAGAGGCCGAACGCGCCCAGCGCGAAGCCGAAGAAGCCAAGCUCAAAGAAAAAGAAGAAGCCGCCGAGAAAGAAGCGCUGAGGCUGAAGGCGAUCAAGGCGGAAAAAGAAGCUCAAAAACGUGCCUUGAAGAAAGCCAGAAAGACGCUGAGAGAUCUCUGUAAGGAAAACGGUUACUACGUCACCAAUGAAAAUGAUCUCGUCAAAUACAUGGAAUUUUCCGAAAAGCUUUGCGAAAUGAUGAGCGCACUCGAACUCGACGACUUCAGCAACAAGCUCAAAGAAGGUGGCAAUGAAGUUUAUCGGGCGAAAUUUGAAGAAGUCGAACAGAGAGUCAUUAAGGAGCAUCAGCAAAUGAUGUCCGGAAUAGGAAAUAAACAGAUGAAUGGUCAGGUGAACAAUAAAUCUCACAAUUGGAGUCAAGCGGAUAUAACGCUUCUUAUAAAAGCGGUCAACCUUUUCCCAGCCGGGACGUCUCAGAGAUGGGACGUCGUCGCCAAUUUUAUAAACCAACAUUCUAAAAAUAAACAGAAAGACGUCUCGGCGAGGGAGGUUUUGUCCAAGGCGAAGGAGCUCCAGACGAACGAUGAUUCAAAAUCGAUGUUGAAACAAGCCGCGAACAACAAGGCCUACGACAAUUUUGAAAAACAAAAGAAGAUGCCGACGUCUGUCGAGGCCGAGACUUCGCAGCGAUUCGACCUCCAGCCCGAAACGAACGCGGCGCCUUGGACUGCGGAAGAACAAAGCCUGCUCGAACAGGCGUUGAAAACGUACCCAUCAUCGACGGAAGAGAGGUGGGAUAAAAUUGCAGAUUGCAUACCGACAAGGAGUAAAAAAGAUUGUAUGAAGAGGUACAAAGAUCUAGUACAAAUGAUCAAAGCUAAAAAAGAAGCUGUUAAAUCUGUUAAAAAAUAAAAUACUAAACAUCUAAUUACA